GACAUUCUUCUCCUGUUCUGUUUACCGUUAAAAGUUUUACAGUGGAAUUGUUUCAAAAAAUAAAAAUAUUCUUUUAGUUUUGCUUUUAGUUUGCGAAUUGCAUACAUACAACAACGCAAAACAACAAACAAGAUUUCUUCUUCUAGCGGAGAAUCCAACACCAUCUCCUACUCCCAUGACCAUGUCUCUCCUUUAAUUAUUGAUUUCCCUGCAAUUUCUAAUAGAUAUAUAAUUUUAAUUUCAUCAAACAUAUAGGCAAUUAAACGCCAUGGCAUCGCUUCAUGCAUCGGAACUGGAGUCGGCUACUGAUUCAGUCGCAUCCUCUCCUCGCUCCGAUCACUACGGUUCCCACGAUCCGCGUGUCCGAUUCAUGUGCAGUUUCGGUGGUAAGAUUCUUCCACGGCCUCACGACAAUCAGCUUCGUUAUGUUGGUGGCGAGACUCGCAUCGUUGCCGUCCACCGCUCCACCAGUUACUCCGCUCUCUUGACUAAACUGUCCAAACUCGCCGGUAUUUCUAACGUGAGUGUGAAGUAUCAACUACCCAAUGAAGAUCUUGAUGCUUUGAUAUCUGUUACUACUGAUGAAGAUGUAGACAACAUGAUGGAAGAAUACGACCGCGUUUCAAUGAAUGCCAAUCCUCGCUCUGCGCGGCUACGGCUAUUUCUCUUCUCUAAAGGGGAGGAUUCGAGAGCAAGCAGCAUCAGCUCGCUUCUUGAUGGUUCCACAAAUCGGGAGCACUGGUUCUUUGAUGCUCUUAAUGCUGGGUCCAGGCUCGAGCGUGGUCGAUCUGAGGCUUCCUCAAUUGUGUCUGAAGUGCCCGAUUAUUUAUUCGGGUUGGAUAAUUCGGAUGAACCACAGCCUCGUGAGCCUAAAGGCAAGAGUCGACUCAUUUUGCACGAUAAUGUGUCGGCUUCAGAUCCGGGUUCUCCUGCUCCUGUUGUUUCUUCGCCGUAUUGCUCAACUUCGUCAGCAGUUCCUACAGUGCCUUCAUUUCCUGAUCUUCCACCUGUAAAGACUAAAAUGGAUAACCCGGAUCCGAUUGUACAACCCAAGCAGAAUACAAUUGACAGUUACGGUUCAACCGAGGCAAUCGAACCGGUUGUAACGCAGCAGCCAACUGGAUAUCCGGGUAACCCGGUUAUGCAUUAUAUUCCGGAUUCUCAUUACUCGGGUCAUCAAUUACAACAAAUACCAGUUUAUUAUGUACCCAGUAAUGUUCCAGUUCAACCCGUUCAAAUUCGGUCACCGUAUGUUCAGCAAUACGCAGUGUCAACGGGUCAAAUACCAGUCGGGUACCACCACCAACAAGUUCCAGCCAUGGGUCAGGUAUAUGGUGGGCCGGCUGUAAGGCCCAUGAGCGCACUGGAUCCAUAUGAUGCAGGAAGAGCAGUUCCUGACGGGGUAAAUCCACAGGUUUACUAUGGCCAUGGGCAUGGGGUUAGAAAUGCAACUCCGAAUGUGGUUCCGGGCUAUCCAGGUAUGGUGAUGCCGGGUGGGGAAGAUUUGGCAAGGACUACUUCCGACACAAAAUCCGGUCGAGUAUCCCAAUCGUCUUGAUGAUAAGUGUCAAGUGCCAACAUAAAUAUAAUAUUUUGCUGAUUACCUGUGCUUGUUUAAAGGGUUUGUGUUUGAUUAUAUGCUAAAAUGAGAUUGUAAUUAUGUUUUUUUUUUUUUUUGUUGAUUUUGUGUGGUAAAAAACAAUAGAUGGUGGACUUUGAUUUUUGAACAAGUGUGUAUAUUGUUUUCUAAAAGCUCCUCCAUUUCACUUUUUUA